UGCACCACACUCAUUUCAGCCAGUGCCCAGGCUAUCAGAAAAGAAGAGUUGGUUAGCAUGUCUCCAGGAGAAAAGGAAAGGGAGGAUGGGCCAGCCAAGAGUGCCCUCCGGAAGAUACGCACAGCCACUCUGGUCAUCAACUUGGCCCGAGGCUGGCAACAGUGGGCAAAUGAGAACAGCACCAAGCAAGCCCAGGAGCCCUCAGGCUGGCUGCCCGGAGGGACUAAAGACCCACCACAAGCUCCUAAACCAGUGACAUACCUCACUCCUCACCAGAAAGCUCAGAGUGCCCCAAAGUCUCUGUCCCAAAAGCCAGAGGGACUUAGAGAUGGGCAAAACUCAGAAGAAGCCACUGAGAUUUCCCAUAUCAAAAGGAAAGAGGUAGCUAAAACUGUUGUUAGCAAGGGUUAUGAGAGAGGAGGGGACGUGAGCCACCUCAGCCACCGGUACGAGAAGGAUGGUGGCAUACCUGAACCUGGGCAGAUGGAGAACAACAUUGACAAGAUCCUCCACAGCCACAGCUCCCCAACGCGGAGAAGAAAAUGUGCCAACCUGGUGUCUGAGCUGACGAAAGGCUGGAAGGUGAUGGAACAGGAGGAGCCCACGUGGAGGAGUGACAGCAUAGACACAGAGGACAGUGGUUAUGGAGGAGAGACUGAGGAGAGGCCUGAGCAAGAUGGAGUCCAGGUGGCCGCUGCCAGGAUCAAACGUCCCUUGCCCUCCCAGGCUGGCAGAUUUACAGAGAAACUUAACUGCAAGGCCCAACGUAAAUAUAGCCAAGUGGACAGCUUGAAAGGAAGAUGGCAACAAUGGGCUGACGAACAUAUCCAAUCCCAGAAGCUCAAUCCUUUCAGUGAAGAAUUCGAUUAUCAGCUGGCCAUGUCCACCCGCCUACACAAAGGAGAUGAGGGCUAUGGCCGCCCCAAGGAAGGAACCAAAACUGCUGAAAGGGCUAAGCGGGCUGAGGAGCAUAUCUACAGAGAAAUCAUGGACAUGUGCUUCAUUAUCCGCACAAUGGCUCGCCACAGAAGAGAUGGCAAGAUCCAGGUCACUUUUGGAGAUCUCUUUGACAGAUACGUUCGUAUUUCUGAUAAAGUAGUGGGCAUUCUCAUGCGUGCCAGAAAACAUGGACUGGUAGACUUUGAAGGAGAGAUGUUGUGGCAAGGCCGAGAUGACCAUGUUGUGAUUACUCUAUUGGAGUGAUUCUUCAACGACAAAAGCCUAACUUGAUUCACUAUUGUCUUAAUGCUAUCGGGCCACUGGGGAAGUCAUAGACACAUUUUUGCGCAGAUAAACAGAAAAAUAUGGCAUGACUUUCCCGAAGACCUACUAAAUGCUAAUAUACUAAAAAUUAAAAU